AUUGCAUAACCGUCUCCUGCCUGGCCGUCCAUUCCUCUCGCCACUAGUCUCCUCCAGAACCUUCUCCUUCCUUCCACCCCAACCUAAACCCCCACGGACCUUCUGUAACCCGCAAGAACCGAAACGGCCUGCCCAACCGGAAGGCCCGACCGAACGAGAGAGAGAGAGAGAGAGCUCCUACGAUGUCGGCGGACGAGUUGCGGCUGGACUUGGAGGAGCUGCGGCGGCUGGAGAGCCUCGCCACGCGCCCUCGCGUCCUCUCCCUCCUCUCCAACGAGAUCCGCAGCGUCGACGCAAAGUUGGCCGCACGGACUGCGACUGCACCGGCACCGGCACCAGCGCCUCAGGCGGUCGCCGCGGUGGCCCCUGCUGGUGUGAAUUACGUCACGCUGGGGACAUUCAGCUGGGACCAGGAUAAUGAGAAGAUCACGGUUUAUGUAUUCCUUGAGGAUGUCGACCAAGAGAAGGUGGAGACUACUUUUAAACCAAUGUCGGUGGAUAUUAAGAUUCAUGAUGUUAAAGGCAAGAACUACAGGUGUGCCAUACCAAAACUGAACAAGGAAAUAGUUCCUGAGAAAUGCAAGGUUGUGGUCAAGCCUAAAAAGAUUGUCAUUACCCUUUGCAAAGCUUCUAAAGGCAGUUGGUUGGACCUGCACUACAAGGAAGAUAAGUUCAAGCCAAGCACGGCCAAAGAUAAGGAUCCAAUGGCAGGAAUCAUGGAUUUAAUGAAGGGCAUGUAUGAGGAAGGGGACGACAAUAUGAGGCGCACAAUAGCCAAAGCAUGGACUGACGCUAGAUCCGGGAAGACAGCUGAUUCAGCGAAGGGGUUACCUUGAGCCGGCAGUUUUGAUUCCAGAGCUGCUUUAUGUGCUGAGCUAGUCGGUGUGAGUGAGGGUACUACUAUGAAUAUCGCUAUUGCGUGGAUGUGGUCGCUACAUGUCUGACAGAAGCACUUCUAGUAGUACUGAAUUCUCUUUGAAAAUGUGAGAAAUUGUCACGCUGAGCCAAUUGCAGUUUCUUAUUUCAAAUAUGUCUGUGUGAUUAAAGGGAUGUAUAUAUGUGUGCUACGUCCGUGUUGCUGACAUGCUGGUAGGCAUGUUGGGUUUGAAUCGCUGGCUUAGCGAGUCGCGGACCUUGUUGGUUGUCAAUUCGGCAUGGCAUGUUUGCCCAGUCGUAGCCAGCAUGUAAUUUGGUGUCAAAUUCUGCAUGGAAUGUUUGUGCUAA